GCAGCAUCUGCCCGGCCCCGCUGUUUGCUUUUCCAUCUGCUGAUGUGCUUCCUGGGAGCGCUCCUGCCUGCCAGAGAAAACAUCUAGAAGCACGACGCCAAAUCCGAGCCUUUCCCUUGGGUCCCCAAACCCCACCAGCCUCCAGAGAGGGGCAGGCGAAGCCCAGAGAGAACGCAGCCGCGCCUGCAGCGCGCGGGUUGCAGCGGCUCCCCGAGACGCGGGUGGAGAAGACGCGGAUUUCGGCUCCCACGCACCGUGCGCGCCUCCCCGUCUCCGCGCCCCCGGUUUCUGGAAGUUGGCAUUGGAGAUGGGGCGCUUGCCGCGCUGGCUGACUCCGUGGUGCGCCUAGUGCAUUAGCUGACUUCGCGCUCGCUCGCUGCAGCCCGAGGCGCCGGACCUGCGGGGACAGCGCGGCGGCCGGGGGCGGGGACCGGGCUGAGCGCGGGGAGUGGGCGCCGGGCUGCGUGCACCGCCGCUGGGGGUCCCGCCACACCGGCGGCCGAGCCAUGACGGACGCCAGCAGCAAGAAGGAGGGCUUCAAGAAGUGCCGGAGCGCCACGUUCAGCAUCGAUGGCUACAGCUUCACCAUCGUUGCCAACGAAGCUGGAGACAAGGCUGCCGGGCCGCUCAACCGCUUCUCCCGCUUCUCCCGGUCCAAGUCGCAGAACUGUCUGUGGAACUCCAUCAUCGACGGGCUCACAGGGAAUGUCAAGGAGAAGCCACGGCCAACGAUUGUCCACGACCCCCGCCCCCCGGAGCAGAUCCUCGCCGAUGAGCUGCCUCAGCUCGAUAGCCCGGAAGCCUUGGUGAAGACGUCCUUCAGAUUACGGUCUUUGGUCAAACAGUUAGAGAGAGGGGAGGCUUCAGUGGUAGAUCUUAAGAAGAAUUUGGAAUAUGCAGCUACAGUGCUUGAGUCUGUAUACAUCGAUGAAACCAGGCGACUCCUGGAUACGGAGGAUGAGCUCAGUGACAUCCAGUCAGAUGCGGUGCCUUCCGAGGUCCGAGACUGGCUGGCCUCCACCUUCACGCGGCAGAUGGGGAUGAUGCUCAGGCGGAGCGAUGAGAAGCCGCGGUUCAAGAGCAUCGUGCAUGCAGUGCAGGCUGGGAUCUUCGUGGAGAGAAUGUAUAGACGUACAUCAAACAUGGUUGGACUGAGCUACCCAGCAGUGGUUAUAGAAGCAUUAAAGGAUGUGGACAGGUGGUCCUUUGAUGUCUUUUCUCUCAAUGAAGCCAGCGGGGACCAUGCACUGAAAUUCAUUUUCUAUGAAUUACUCACACGCUACGAUCUGAUCAGCCGUUUCAAGAUCCCCAUUUCAGCACUCGUCUCAUUUGUGGAGGCCCUGGAAGUGGGAUACAGCAAGCAUAAAAAUCCUUACCACAAUUUAGUGCAUGCUGCGGACGUCACACAGACGGUGCACUACCUCCUCUAUAAGACAGGCGUCGCUAACUGGCUGACGGAGCUGGAGAUUUUUGCUAUCAUCUUCUCAGCUGCCAUCCAUGACUACGAGCACACGGGAACCACCAACAACUUCCACAUCCAGACCCGGUCCGACCCAGCUAUUCUGUACAACGAUAAGUCUGUAUUGGAAAAUCAUCACUUAAGUGCAGUUUAUCGCCUUCUGCAAGAGGAUGAGGAAAUGAAUAUUCUGAUCAACCUCUCCAAGGAUGACUGGAGGGAAUUUCGGACCUUGGUAAUUGAGAUGGUGAUGGCCACGGAUAUGUCCUGUCAUUUCCAACAGAUCAAGGCGAUGAAAACUGCUCUGCAGCAGCCGGAAGCGAUUGAAAAGCCAAAAGCAUUAUCCCUGAUGCUGCACACGGCAGACAUUAGCCAUCCUGCGAAGGCGUGGGAGCUCCAUCACCGCUGGACGAUGUCACUGCUGGAGGAAUUCUUCAGACAGGGGGACAGAGAAGCAGAGUUGGGGCUGCCUUUUUCUCCUCUGUGUGACCGGAAGUCGACCAUGGUUGCUCAGUCGCAAGUAGGUUUUAUCGAUUUCAUUGUGGAGCCCACCUUCACGGUGCUCACGGACAUGACUGAAAAGAUCGUGAAUCCGCUAAUUGAGGAGACCUCCCAGACAGGCGGGACAGGACAGCGGCGUUCAAGUUUGAACAGCCUCAGUUCGGCAGAUGCAAAGCGAUCGGGUUCCAAGAGCGCAGGCUCAGAAGGAAGCGCCCCAGUCAACAAUUCCGUCAUCCCUGUCGAGUACAAGAGUUUUAAAGCCACAUGGACUGAGGUCGUGCACAUCAAUCGGGAGCGGUGGAGGGCCAAGGUGCCCAAAGAGGAGAAGGCCAAGAAGGAAGCCGAGGAGAAGGCCCGCCUGGCCGCGGAGGAGAAGCAAAAGGAAAUGGAAGCCAAAGGCCAGGCAGAAGGCGCAGCCGGCAAGGCGGACAAAAAGACACCCGGGGAAGCUCAGAACCAAGUCAACGGAACGCGCCCCAACAGGAGCGACAACGCUCGUGGGAAAAACGCCAAAGAGAAGUCGCCUGGAGGAAAGCAGCAGAACGGUGACUUGAAAGAUGGUAAAAAUAAGGCUGACAAGAAGGAUCAAUCCAGUGUCGGAAAUGACUCAAAGAAAGCAGAUGAUUCAGAAGAGUAAAAAACACCUCCCAGACAAUAAGAGAGGCUGCCAAUGUCUUGCAUCAUUUUAGCUGAGCUUCUUCAUUCUCCUCCUCCUCCUCCUUCCACAAAGCUGGGGAUGGCGUGCAACUUUCAAAAACAAGCCCCCCACACUUGGCCUUGUCUCAUGCCAUCUCCUCCCAGAUGACUGGCUGGGAGCUGGCUUGGGGGCCUUAGAACUCUGGGAGAUGGUCCUUAUCCCCCAACCCCCAGCAAACAAAACCACUUGAGAUUUUGCACAAACAGAACCAAAACAUGAAGGGACUUCCUCAGAAUCCUUUGCUAAUGCCCUGGCUUUCAAGGCACCCAUCUGGCCUGAUGACAGUGGACAUCAUGGAGAUGCUGAGAAAGGCCUGAAGAGGCCACACACACAGCAGUUGCCGUUUUAUUACUGCCCAUGCCGUUACUUCGCGUCGUGAUUUUAGCACGGGCUGCCGAUGGUGGAGACAACCGGGCCGGCUUCCCGCCCAGCCUCUGGUUGCCCCUUUCCGGAGCCAGGAACGUUCUUUUUUUCGCCAGGUUCCCUGCAGACUUAAAAAAUUGUUCUUAGGCUUUUCUUUCCAUCUAUAUGCUAUGAGAUUCUUUUUGUUUUAUAAAAGAAGAUGUUUCCUAUAGCAAUCUUUCUUUGACGCUUAAUUUACCUGUGUAUUCGUUCAUAAGAACCUGAAUGUUUCUGCUGAUGACCAUGCUAUUCAGGUGGACACCCCGUGUUUCACUGGGUAGCAUCAUCGCUGAGUUGACAUUGUGGCCACUGGCGGGUCCUCUUCUUUUGGAGAUUUGUGCUGUGACUUAAUUGCUCUUCUGUCUAUUCCUGGAAGUGCUGAGGGCCUUUGUAGCAGGGAGAUGUGGCAGAGAAUUCUGUUCAUUUUAGUGAGCCUUUAGAGGUACCCAAUAGGAGAUGAUUCACAGCACAGAUCAAGAAUAAGAGGUAGUCUGGAAAGAGAAUCAAGAUGCAGCCCCCUGAAAGCAAGUCAGACGAGACCCAGUGGAAUGCUGGGAAAGCAAUUUUAUGGGCCUAAGUGGUGUGAUUUGGAUGAAACUGAUUCUGAAGACGUGGUUGUGGUUCACAAAGGAAUAUGCGAGUCCCUCCCAAAAGGAGUCACAUGGAUCCGCGUGAACGAGUGGGAUUCAUAAUAGGAAGAGAGGGCUCUAUGCUAAACCCGAGGGUGUUCCCCAUUGCGCAUUUAAUUCCUACAUUUACAAAAGCACAAAAACAAACAUUUAAAAAUCCUCUCACUAAGGCAAGAUGUUGGCAUUUCUUCAGACCGAAAUAGGGGGGCGGGGGGGGGGCUAUGUUUGUGGUCUGCAACGCCUUUGCCUCGCUGAGACCUUCCCCACAGAAAGGCCUGAAGAACCCUGUUGCGCAUGCCUGUGGCACACUGAUACUGGAACAGGGCUCUUCGGGCAGUUUUACGUUUUGCCUGGGAAUCACACACAUUUUUCGGAGCCUCCCCCUACUUUCCCAACAGUGACCACAGUAAACAAGGUGGUCACAAAUUCAACCAGGGCCAUAGCAAAGCAAGCCAUAGCUAUCAGAGUUAUUGCGAUAGCUGGCAAUUCAUAAUGGGCCUUGGUGUUAGGGAGGCAGGAAAGAGAGGCAGGGAGAGGGAGGAGUUAAGAGUCCUGUCUCAAGGGGACAGCUGCUAGUCAGUUAUGGGAUCAGUGAUAUGUAGGAGUGGGGGGGCUUUAAAAAUAUGUUGUUAUUGAUUUUAGAGGGAG